AUGGCCAGUAUUGAGCAUGCUGAGCCGCGCUGGAAGCUGAAUCUUGCCUUGGCAGCCUGUGUUGCUUCACUGGGAGUGUUGCAACUAUAUCUUGGUACGAAGGAUGAUUGGCAAGCGACCAUAGCCACAAGGUACAUCUCGCUGAGACUUCCAGCUCCAGGUGGCUGGUUGGUGACGACGACGACGACCAUAUCCACUCCGAUGACGCUGACAAUCAUGACAGACUUGAGCACAACGAGUGCUCAUCCCACAACCGACUUGCCGCCCGAUGUUGCAGCUCCUGCGCUUGGCAGUCGGACUUGCUCGAAGACACGCAUCAUUGACCCGGCUGGUUGUGUUUCGAGCAGUCGCACCAAUGAGUCACAAGCCUAUGCAACUUACGGCGUAAAAGGGUUUUCAGAUAAAUACUUUAGCAGCCAAUGCAUAACCUGGGCUCGUCUGAUCCGACGGGCAGACAGCGUACGACCCAUUCUGUUUUUGCUGCCCGAAGAAUUGGCAAGGCCGGCCAAUGAGCUGGCAGUGAAAGAGUUGAAUGAAGAGCUGACGAAUGUCCAGUUGAUCAAGGUGCCAAGUAACACAGUUAAAGUACCGCCUCAACAUGUCCUCCUGAUGAAAGAAGCACACAAUUGCUGCGGGGACAAAGAGUUUUCGGUUUUGGCACUGUGGACAUUACCUUAUGAUCGUGUCUUGUACAUGGAGACCGACACCAGGCUCUUGAGCAACGUGGACGAGCUUUUCGAUUGCGAUGUAGAUUUCAUGGCGACGAUUGGGCCCUGGAGCCCUGUAAAUGGAGGUGUAUUUCUCUUGCGACCUCGCAUGUCCACCUUCCAGGCAAUGCAGAAGCAUCUGGAAAGUACGAAAUACAAUCACGAGACUUGCUGGGGCGGAUCCGGGUGCCCGAAGCCCUUCAAGCCAGGCUGGAAGCGUGGGUUCGGGAGUGAGGGCCCUCAAGGCUUUCUGGAGUAUUAUUUCUUUUGUCUGGGCGAGCUGAAUUCUGAAUCCAGCGCCAAGAUGGACAUGGGCACGUACAACUACCAGGUUUGUGGCCAAGCAAUCGCAGAUCUGCGUAAGCUAGAGCCUCGCCUCUGGAAGGGUUGCCGCUCUCCUGCGAACACGAAGAUCCUCCACAAAUGUGUUGGCCGCGACUGCAAUCGCUUUCAAGAACGCAUGUCCAAGCUCCUGUCUGCGUCGACACCGCCCGUGGCGAAAAAUGGUGAUUUCAGCAUGCUUGCUUGUCAGUUCUAG